CUCCGGCGACCGAAUUCAAUCGCGGGAAGGCUACUGUCUCCCCACCCGAAUCGGCCUCAGCUCCCGUCUCCGUUCCUCUUCCCCCCGACGAAGAGUCUCUCGAGCCGAGCCCUUCUUCAUCCUUAGUCGCUGAAACUAAGGCUUCUUUCUCCCAGGACCAGAAGCCGGAUUCGUCAGGAAAAUCUGCGGAAGAGGGAGAGCCUCCUCCGCCGUAUACUGAAGGAUCCAGUCCCAUCGAAUCGUUCACAUACGUGAUGGCUGCAGCAGGAGGCGCGUCGAGCAUCAUCACGCAGGUGCAGCAGACCGGCGGGCCGCCGAUCAAUACAUUAGGAGACAUCGGUGGGGAUGAACAUAUCACUCUUGAUCUCCGGGGAACCCGCUUUACCCUCUCCCGAGAUGAACUUCUGACUCUCCCCGAAUUUGUCCUUUUGUCACUUUUUCCAAACGGUCUACUUCCUGACGGGCACAUGGGUACCUUCCAUGAAGGCGACAUCUAUCCGGUCGACUACGAUCCGGCGUCUCUGCAAUACAUGUUAGACUUCUUCCGAUCGGUUGCUCAAUCUAUCCCGUCGUCCUCACCAUCUGCAUCGACCUCUCCGGACUUGGACGUUGCUCCCGACUCCAUGCAAGGAACUGCUAGAGAUAUGCUUCAGGACCGUGCUGGUAUCAUAGUGUUGCGCGAGGACCUCGAUUUCUACGCGAUACCUCCUCGCCCCGAUAUAGACCAGGCGGAGAUGAUCCAGGUCAAGCGCGCGGCUGCAAAAUCAUUGUUAAAACAAGACGGAAUAUUUUCUGGGCUGAGAAAGAGCGACGAAGCCGGUUCGACAGAGCAGCAUCUCAUAGAGAUGCUUACUGCAGGUGGGUUUGAUCGUGACGACCGGUGGGGCCAUCGAGCCCCAGAGCCCAACAAGGCGGUAAUAUGUAGCCUGGCUUUGGCCAAGCUGCGUACCGACAUUCGGGGUGACCUAUCGAAUAACAAUGCAGUUGGCAUGGCUCAGAAGCUCCUUCUAUUCUGGAGGAAACCAGCCAGGAGAUGCUGGUGGGAAGGAGUUGAGCUAGAUGAUGUGGAGGGAGUGGAAGGCAAAGUGAAAAUUUGGAUUCGUAGAGUAUGGACUCUAGAGAUGAGCGUAAUCGGGCUUCGAUAGCCUCCUCGCGGCGGUCAUAUCGUACCAAUGGACUUUCUUAGUCUCCGCCGUUAUCCUGCGAUUUCUUUCAUCCUCGUCGAUGCAUAUUAGAAUCGCUCUUUAGCAGCCCAUUUUUGUUUUUUCUUUUCUGCGUUGCCCAGUGCACAUUUGCGGA